UGACGUCGAAUAGAAGAAGGAGAUCGGAUUACAAGAUGGCGUGUGGUGGAUGUUAGCGCAGAGGCCGAUAGAGUUGUUGUGUUUUCUCAGAGUUUUAUUGAUGUUAUGACAUUUUGUUUACGUGGUUUAUCGUGGUGAGCCUUAUAUGUUAACGUAAUAGAAGCCUGUGUAUUUCGCUGCUAUCGUGAGCUUUCCUCAGACGUGCGCGUGUAACAUGCGGCUAAAAAUAAAGUUAACAGGUCGAGGCUAGGACAACAGAUAGCUAGGCUGUUAGCGCUAACGCUGUUAACCAUGUCGGACACUCGGCGGCGAGUCAAAGUCUACACGCUGAAUGAGGACCGACAGUGGGACGAUCGGGGAACCGGACACGUUUCGUCUACCUUUGUUGAACGGCUGAGGGGAAUAUCUUUAUUAGUUCGAGCCGAGUCGGACGGAUCACUACUGUUGGAGUCGAAGAUUAGCCCCAAUACAGCAUAUCAGAAACAACAGGACACUCUUAUUGUCUGGUCAGAAGCUGAAAAUUAUGACCUGGCACUAAGUUUCCAGGAAAAAGCUGGUUGCGAUGAAAUAUGGGAAAAGAUUUGCCAGGUGCAGGGUAAGGACCCCACUCUCGAUAUCACUCAGGAUCCCAUUGACGAGUCGGAGGAGGAGCGGUUUGAAGAAAUUCCUGAAACCAGCCACUUAGUGGAGCUUCCUGCAUGCGAGUUAAGUCGACUGGAGGAGAUUGCUGACUUGGUUACCUCUGUUCUUUCCUCACCUAUUCGGAGGGAGAAACUUGCCUUAGCUCUCAUGAAUGAGGGGUACAUCAAGAAGCUACUGGGACUCUUCCGUGUAUGUGAGGACCUGAAUAACAGGGAAGACCUACAUCACCUGUAUGAGAUUGUGCGUGGUGUCUUAUUCCUCAAUAAAGCGUCCCUUUUUGACGUGAUGUUCUCUGAUGACUGUAUCAUGGAUGUGGUCGGUUGCCUUGAGUAUGAUCCAGCCCUGGUUCAGCCGAAACGCCAUCGGGAUUUCUUGACCAAAACGGCAAAAUUUAAGGAGGUGAUUCCAAUCACGGACUGUGAGCUGAGGCAGAAGAUCCACCAAACCUACCGUGUGCAGUACAUCCAGGACAUCAUCCUGCCCACACCAUCUGUCUUUGAGGAGAACUUUCUCUCCACACUCACCUCUUUCAUCUUUUUCAACAAGGUGGAGAUUGUCAGUAUGUUGCAGGAGGAUGAGAAGUUCUUAACAGAGGUGUUUGCACAGCUCACAGAUGAUGCCACAGAGGACAGUAAAAGGAGAGAGCUUGUGAACUUUGUCAAGGAAUUCUGUGCUUUUUCACAGACGUUGCAGCCACAAAACAGGGAUGCUUUCUUCAAAACUCUGGCAAAUCUAGGAAUUUUACCAGCUCUUGAAAUAGUCAUGGGAAUGGAUGAUCUGCAGGUGAGGGCAGCAGCUACAGACAUCUUCUCUUACCUGGUGGAGUUCAGCCCAUCCAUGGUCAGAGAGUUUGUCAUGCAGGAACCACAGCAGACAGAUGACGAUGUUCUUCUGAUAAAUGUUGUGAUCAAGCAGAUGAUUUGUGACUCUGACCCUGAGCUGGGAGGGGCUGUCCAGCUGAUGGGUCUGCUCAGGACACUCAUUGACCCUGAGAACAUGCUGGCAUCCACCAAUAAAACAGAGAAGACAGAGUUUCUGGGUUUCUUCUAUAAAUACUGCAUGCAUGUGCUGACUGCGCCUCUGCUGGCCAACACUGCACAUGACAACAAAACAAAAGAGCUGCCAGAGGGAUCAACUAAGAUCAACCCAGUGUGUCCAGACAAUUUCCAGACUGCUCAGCUGCUGGCACUGAUCCUGGAGCUUCUGACCUUUUGUGUGGAGCACCACACCUACCACAUCAAAACUUACAUCAUGAACAAAGACUUGCUCAGGAGAGUUCUCGUGCUCAUGAACUCAAAACAUACCUUCCUCGCUCUUUGUGCCCUGCGUUUUAUGCGCCGGAUUAUUGGCCUGAAGGACGAAUACUACAACCGCUACAUCAUCAAAGGCAACCUUUUUGAGCCUGUCAUCAAUGCCCUGCUGGACAAUGGCACCAGAUACAACCUGCUCAAUUCAGCCAUCAUAGAACUCUUUGAAUUCAUUAAAGUGGAGGACGUCAAGUCCCUUAUCGCUCAUAUUGUGGAUAACUUCUACAAAGCACUUGAAUCCAUUGAAUACGUUCAGACCUUCAAGGGCCUGAAAGGUCGUUACGAGCAGGAGAAAGACAGACAGAGUCAGAGACUCAGCAGGUAUCGUAGAGAUGCACGGUCCUUGGAUGAGGAUGAGGAGUUGUGGUUCAAUGAUGAUGAAGAUGAUGACGACAGCGAGGCUGUGGAGAAGAGCCGAAUGGAUGAUGACUUUUCUGACAGCUACGGCAAGUACAUGGAGGCCAAAAAAGGAGCUGCUAAUAGCACUAAUGGUGCCAACAACAGCGGGAAAGCUGCUGUGAUCCCACCCACCUCACCAGCUGUCCCUCCGAACAGUUCAGCGUCCUCAAUCAAGACGGUUGCGCUUCCUGCCACACCCGUAGUAAAGACCGCAUUGGUCGGUUUGGUGGACUACCCUGAUGACGAAGAGGAGGAGGAGGAGGAUGAUGGUGAUGAGGAGGAGGAGUCUCCAAGGAAGCGGCCCCGUCUGAGCUCUUAAGACUGUCCUCCGUACAGUUGUGAUGGACAUGGAGCCGCACCACCUCUGGUCGUGUUGUUGGUCCUUGUUACUGCCUGUUGGUCUGAGACCGAGGACCCUGAGGGAGGAAAUGGUUUCCACUUCACUCUGCUUCCCCUCAUGUCUGCUCCUCUUUUCUCUUUGUGAUAAGAGAUAAAUACAGGUUUUCUCUUUUUAUUGCAAGUGAUCCCCCCGUUUUACGCACUCAACAUGCAGCUCCUCCUGGAGGUCCAGACGUUUUAUUCUUUCUAGGAGAAAUCUGAUCAUCUUUACUUCAUGUAUGCCCUCACCCCCAAUUGUGUUUCACAUCUUACUCUUGUCCAGAGGCUACAGUGGAAAAUACAGUGCCAAGGUGUUCCCCAGAUCUGUUGCCAUAGCAGCAGUUGCAAGGAAGCUGCAGCACAUUGCCCUCGUGUGUUCUGAUUGGACCACUCCCCUCAUGUUCUCUCAGAAGCAGAACCAAUGAGCUGGACUGACAACAGGGAGGCAGAACACAAGCGGCUGGCGUGUGAACUGUUCGAGAUCCAGUCAGGCUAGCAGGACUAGCCGCCGCCGUUUCAGUAGCGCUUGACUGGUGGAAGGUGCCGUGGAGGGAUUCAGGGAGUGCAGACAAAUAAAACAAAACAUUUAAACACAUGGGAACAAAGAAAUGACAAAUUGUACCAGAAAACAGCAGGGAGGGUUUGUCCCAGAGGACCAGGACUCAACCUUCCACAGCCACGACGUCCGUUUAUACAACACGUGCGAGCACACACGAACGCACAGCUCGACUGUGUCAUCCACAGAUCCUGUAUUUCACAAAUUUAUUAAAAAUACUAUACAGAUGUUUUCUUUUUAAAUAUUUGUUCUCGACCUGAUUUUGAAAGGGCAGAAAAGGUGUUUUGUUUUUCACAAAAGGCGGGGUCACUGUUCACCCUUUGAUUCAAUGUAAAAUGCAGGAAAGUUGCAAAUGUUGGUUUUAAAGAUAUUGAAACUGCAGUAAAGUAAUUUUGCAGCCAAAGUCUGAA